UAUUCGGUCAGGUAAAUCGCGAGUAAACAACAAACUUGCGAACAAAAGUGCGAGGUUUACAAAGGCUCUAUUAAUCAACAAUUGUAUCUUAUGGUAAUAGCGUCAAAGAACUGUUUAAACACUUCAAUGCGAUUGGUCAACAUUAGAAUCCAUUAGAACCCACGGGAUACUGGCCGGAACGUUCGAUCUAAUUUCCAUGACUUGAGGUUUCCGUGCGUUAAAUGAAGUGAAAAGAUUGAGUCAUAAAUGUCUUAACUACGUGGAAAUUGACUUUCAGGAGAGGUGACCUAAAUGAGGACGUAUCAAGGUAGUUUUACGACGAAGGAACCAACAAUUCGCCGGCAAACACAAUAUGAGCUCUAGUAAUAAGGAAUUGUUUGUCAACGGUUCUUCGUUCGAAGACGAUUAUGGGACUGCGAGACUCGCAUCCGUUAUUUAUCUGUGUGCCGUAGGAGUUUGUGGGAUUAUUGCAAACUGUCUGGUGAUUUUUGUAUUUUGGAAAUACCCAAAGCUCAGAACAGCCGCUAAUUUGUUUAUUCUGAACCUGGCAUUCUGCGAUGUGAUGCUUUCCAUCUUAGACAAUACUUUUUCAAUCGCGUCCACGUUGUAUGGAAGAUGGUUGUUUGGUCGCGCCGGUUGUGUUGUGUACGGGUUUUUCCACUACUUCUUCAUCUGCUGUACCGUUUCAACGCUAGCGGCGAUUUCUGUGGAUCGAUUCUUUUUUAUCACCCGGCCGAGCCAGACCCGGGCUGUUCAAGUAAUUACGAGACGAAAGGCGAUUGCAAUAGUACUCAUAAUCUACCUUUAUACCUUUUUGUUUACAUUUCCUCCAUGUGUUGGAUGGAAUUCGUUUGUGGAGGAAAAAGUUUUUUUCAGUGGCUGUUACAUUAACUUUGGCGAUCAAAGAACCUCAUCUAUUGUUUAUUCAGUUAUUGCACCUUUUUUUCUUUUCCUCGUGCCUCUUUCAGUGAUGAUCUAUUGCUACGCGCGCAUUUUUGUCGCUGUACGCCGAAGUACGCAGCGUACAAUAGGAAGAUCACUUGGAACGCCGAAUUCUGUCAAGAAGCGGUAUCCCGUCUUAAAGAGAACACACAUACAGACUGCGAAAAUGAUCAUAGUAGUUAUAUUUUUCUCCAUGAUCGUGUGGGUACCUUAUGUUGUCGUCUCGUUGAUCAAAGCUUCUGAUAGCUACAUUGACCCUCUCCUGUCACACAUUACAGUUGUGGUUGCUAAGUCGUGCGUGAUUUACAAUGUGCUUAUCUACGUGAUGUUAAACCGCAAGCUUAAAGCUGCGAUUUUGGAUGCAGUUUGUUGUGGGAGGCAAAGCUUUUUCCUAAUCGGAUCACCAAGUUCCGCCAACAACGUGAACAGAAAUAGAAUCAGUCGUAUUUUGAGCGAAACGGAGGUUCCUUCCCAAGUCGUUGAGGCCCAGAAGAAUAGAUUGAGUGCUUUGACACUGCAGCGAUCAAACGAGAAUAUGCUCGAAGAAUUUUCUGAUCAUCUUUCUCCGCCUUUUAUCCCGAAGGUAAAGAAUGGUGUUGUGAAAAGCGUAGAGUUUAAAGAUGGCCAAAGAAGAGACACAGUCUUUGGUACUAGUAAAGAGGAGUUAGAAGAAGUUCUUAAUGGAAGAGAUCCCAUACCGGCAUCAGAGUCCAAUGGUGAUACUUUUCACCAUGGAGAAGAUUUUUAUUCAAGACGAAAAAAAGUCUCAAAAAUACAGCGAUCUUUGAAUGGAAAUCAUAUGGGUAAUGGAUCAUUAAUUACCUUGCAUGAUGGAACAUCUGAUCAGAAUCAUUCGCGACAGGGUGCUAGUGAAAAGAGUACACCUUUGAACGCGACAGAUGUAACGUCGCCACACAAUGGUACACUACCAAUUGAAAGAACACAACAUUUUACGCACGCAACAAAUGAAACGCCUCUGUGUACUUUACCACGAGAAACAGCUGGACAGAAUCUUCAACGCGUCCAUCACCUUUAUUCUUCGGCUACGAAUCCGCGAUCGCAAAAUCUUUCUUCACCAUCACAGAUGUACAAGAAAGGUACAAGACCUGCGAGCGCGCAACGAGUAAAGAAGAGAGAGUCACCCGAUUCGAGUAUUCCGCGCGCGAGUACGAGCACUGAUCAAGAAAGCGAUCUCUCGAGGACUUCUCGCGAGGGAUCUUUCGUUCAACGAUCGGUAAGUAAUUCACACAAAACUAAGAAACUACGAUCUGGAAAUCGUAGAACGAACGGGAAAAAUACGAUGCCAUCGCGAACGAAAAGUCACGCAAGUUAUGGGAGAAGGGGCCACAUAUCAAACAGGGAUCCACUCCAAACUUCCGCCCAUGAAUUGCUGGAAAUACAGAAUUUUUGGAAGCGCAUGAGUCUGUGUCUAGACGAUAUUGAUCUGGAUGAAGUGACGAGAGAGAUGGAAAUGGUUUGAUUCGUGGUUUUGGAUCGACUUAGUAUCACGUUUCACGAAAGAGCGCGAUAUGUCUUAGCGCAGAACGCGCGCGAUGUAGUACGUGAAAUGGCACUCAAUUUCGACAGAUUGUGGAAAACGGGCGAUAUGAUCAAAUAAAAUAUUUUUAGGCCGAGAAA